UUCUCAAAAGGAAUGUGGGACUUUGUGUUUAUCAAGGAGCGACGUCUGAGCGAGAGUGUGUACGCGCCUUUUAUUUUCGCAGUUGCUGGCUCGGGAGGAAGACCGGAGGAGAGAUUUUUUUUAUGUAUUUUUUAAUCAGGACGCCAAGCCGCAUGCUUGUUUUGUUGUCUUCCGAUACAACUUGGCACCGGCGGUAAGAGCGAGUGUGUGCGCGCGCACGAAACGCGCGUCCUCGCGGUGGAUUAAAAGACGUUGGAGGUGUCAAAUCAGCUCUGAGGGGGAAAACAUCUAACUUGAGGAAAGUCUAUGAAGUGGACAGACUCCUGUCGCCAGGUUCCUCGAACGCUGCUCUCCACCUUGUAUGAUGGAUGCUCUCCAGGAGGAGGAAACCGAGAACGCCUGGAUGUUGUUGUCCUGGCUGGCGUCCUUUGUCAUGGUGUUUGGAGGAUCCCUGCCCUAUCUACCCCAAUAUCAGGAAAUCCAGAGGAGCAGGAACACUGAGGGGUUCUCGACCAGAGUGUGUCUGGUUCUGCUCAUCGCCAACAUCCUGCGAAUCUUUUUCUGGAUCGGCAAGCAGUUUGAGCUCACUUUGCUGCUCCAGAGUGUGGUGAUGAUCCUCACCAUGUUGGCUAUGCUCCACCUGUGCUGCACCGUCCAAAACACCAACCGUGUGAGCACCAAGCGACACCGUCUCACAGACUUGGAACCAUGUCAUUUCUGGAAGUGGAGUGCCUUUGAGGACUACCUUCUCUUUUGUUUCGGCUUCAGCGUCGUGUGCGCCGUGGUCACCAUGCUGCUGCUGGACUACGCCGUGUUCGUGGAGAUGUUGGGCUCCCUGGCCGUCAUGUUCGAAGCCAUGCUGGGCGUCCCGCAGCUUUUGCAGAACCUCCGCAACCGCUCCACCAGAGGCAUGAGGUACAAUACCUUCCGGCUCAAAUACGUAACACCCAGCCUAAAAGUGUAUCAUCCUUAACCUCAUCGCCCAAAG